UCGUCGGUUCGACCAGAGUCCGUUCGAACACGUUCUGCUCACUCUGGGAGUAUUCGAUUCGAUCCGUUCGUUCGUCAAGACGGUUGACGUUCUCGGGCGCGUACUUAUCAGUGCAGUUGAAAAAAAUGGUGUGUUCAUGGUUAUAGAAACAGCAAGUGAAAGAGUAUUUGCACGAUAUGGUUUGGAAAGUGUGCACAAGUAUGGUUCGAAGUGCCAUAAACAAACGAUAAGUGUAUCUAAUAGAGUAUGUGUAGUAUGUGUACAUUAAGGUUUUAAGAAAAAUGCUAGCCCCAUCGCUACAGCUCGUGUCGUGUUGUGGAUAAUGUAUUAGCAGUGUAGUGUUCUAUUUACCGGUUGCAUGGGAGCAAAACUUAGAAAUUGAUCUCUCAUUAAUGAGGCGGAUGAAACAAUGAGAGAAGGAGUGGGAAGAGAUGCUAAAUAUCACUCACCGAUAGUGAAGAACUGAAAUUGAAACGGGCGGAGUUUCAUGUUACUGUCGUGUUGGGCAUCAGGUGCAGGUUAGUACGGAACGCGCCACAAAUGUUGCAUUACCUGGUUCCUGAUACUUACGCAUAGAGGGCAGAAGAGAGGUUGCAUAAGCACAAGCGAAACAGAUAACUAGAGGGAGAGCUAGAAAGGAAAGCAAUCGAGCAAAGGAAUCAUCCAAUGAAAUGGUGUGGUAAGGGAAAUUGGCGUGCUCUCCAGGACCAUAUUCCAUCGAAGGAGAUGUUUCUAUGGGGUGGUCAAAUCAAAUUACGACUCUGAAAUCAGCGUCCCGCCAGUACGAGUAGACUCCAGAGUCGUAACCAUAGUCGUAUCUUUCGACUAGAGCUCCUCCAACGCCCAUUGAGUGACUACCCCAGAGAUAGAGAAAAAGAGAAAGGCGCUUCCCAUCAAUGGUGGAUGUCAUGAUGCCUGCGACAGAGAACGAAACGUCCCUUGGCUGGAAUGGCGGCUGGGAGUCGCCGGACUACUUUCGACUUUUCGGCGAGAGCGUCUACAAUGAUACCGUGCUGGAUGUGCGGGUACCACCGGACACACCGGCACCUACCGUCAGCGUCUCGACGGUGGCUACCAUGCUAUCCAACGCGUCCUCCAAUGCUGCCAGCAACGACACUGACCAGUACUAUGCCGAUGAUCCCUACAACGAUUCGCUGGAAUCGCCUAUAAGCGAUAGCACCGACUCGCGGGGUUCCAUCUUCGAACUGUUAGCCGAGGAUAUCGGGUCGAUCUUCUACAAUGCUAACGGGACGUUCGGGAAUGACACGACCGGUCUGGCCGUGAACUGUUCCCUUUCCAACACAACCUGCAUCGGACCAACGGAAGCAAAAGAGUAUCACUACUGGUGCCUGAUACUAGUGUUGUUCCCAAUCCUAACGCUGUUUGGCAAUGUGCUGGUGAUAUUGGCUGUUUGUCGUGAACGAACCUUACAGACAGUGACCAAUUAUUUUAUAGUGUCAUUAGCGAUAGCCGAUUUGCUGGUGGCCGUGGUCGUUAUGCCGUUUGCCGUGUACGUUCUGGUGAACGGUGCAUGGACGCUGCCAAAUUUUGCUUGUGAUUUCUACAUAGCUAUGGAUGUGAUAUGCUCAACGUCGUCGAUAUUUAAUUUAGUUGCAAUAUCAAUAGACAGAUACAUCGCCGUAACACAACCGAUCAAGUACGCAAAACAUAAAAACAGUCGCCGGGUGUGUUUGACGAUCCUUCUCGUGUGGGCAAUAUCGGCAGCGAUCGGAUCGCCGAUAGUGCUGGGACUGAACAAUACGCAAGACCGAUCACCUGAUCUCUGCGUAUUUUACAAUACCGAUUUUAUAGUGUACUCUUCCCUUACUAGCUUUUAUAUCCCGUGUAUCAUAAUGGUCUUUUUAUAUUGGAAUAUUUUUAAGGCAUUGCGGACGCGAGCGAAAAAGCAGCGAGCCGCCCGGAAGCCGCACCUCUCGGAGAUCACCGCCGGUGGCAGCAUCAUCGAGAACAUUGCUCAAACAAAACGCCUAGCGGAAACGCAACUAGACGGCAGUACGCGAAGCGGUUCCAAGAUCCUUCCGGACGAGGAACGGCCCACCAACACGGCUUCCGGCUCCAAUGAGGAAGACGACGAAAAUGCCGGGUCUCCUGACAUUGACGACUGUCAUGUGAUUGUGAACGAUAAAUCAACUGAAUUUAUGUUGGCUACGGUCGUGGAAGAGGCGGGAAACAAAAGCUUCUCGACGUCUACUUUUAGUGUGGUGGCACAAAUUGCGACAACGCAACAGGUACCGUCCGAUCCCAACGGAAACCACGACUCGGGCUAUGCUCCAUCCAGCAUUGCCGAUGCUCUGGCGGUAAAUGCAACCCCACCGGAAAGCCUGAACGUGACCGCUACGGUGAUUGUAAAUAAAAGUGCGACGAUUCGAAGUCGAAACGGUUCGCCACGGAAGGAAGCAAGUGUGACCUUAAAACCUCUAUCGUUAGUUAGAUGCGGUGUCCAACAGGCACUGACACUGAAUCGGAACGAUUCCACCUUAUCGACGAACUCGCGGGACAGUUCCAGGAAGGAUAAAAAGAAUACUCAAGCAUCCAGGUUUACUAUCUACAAAGUAAAUAAAGCGUCGAAGAAGAAGCGAGAGAAAUCGUCAGCCAAGAAAGAACGCAAAGCGACCAAAACGUUAGCGAUAGUCUUAGGAGUGUUCUUGUUCUGCUGGGUACCGUUCUUUACCUGCAACAUUAUGGACGCGAUGUGCGCGAAGCUUGACAAGGACUGCCGGCCAGGCGUCACGAUAUUCAACCUUACCACGUGGCUCGGCUACAUGAACAGCUUCGUCAAUCCUGUCAUCUACACAAUCUUCAACCCCGAGUUCCGGAAAGCAUUUAAAAAGAUCAUGCACAUCGAGUGAGUGGGACGGAUCGGACCGGGCGCCCGUGGUGGUGACCGGGACGAUGACGAAGCGGAACGAGGCAACGGGGUCAGCAUGGCAGUGCCGGAACCGGUACGCCGUAACACUUCCCAACGACGCAACGUUACCUGGAGCUAGCCAGAAGCCACCGUCGAGCGCAGGGAGCAGGGUCGCUUACACGAACCUGAGCCGAGCUGUGCCGACGGUGGACAGAGGAACGGGAUCGAGAGCAAACUCUCCCCGCAACCCUCAACGAGCCGAUGCCAGUCGACGGCGAAAGCGACAAACAGGAAGAAAGUGAAAGGUAGGGGGCCAUUUUAUUUAUUUGCUGCCAGCCACUGGCGGGCGGUAGAGAACUCUCCGGAACUGGAUCGGAGUCCGGUUGUGGUGUAGUCCGGUCGAGAUUGUAUUUAUUGUGCACGGUAUCUGCCAAGAGGAGAGGAAACGAAAGGAUGUCAGUGGUUUAUACAAAUCUUACAAAGCAUUCCGAUGAUACAAUACACCAUACAAUACACCAUAUACCACCAUAGUUCUAUCCUGACCAGCUGCUCCAUUUCCCCCGGACUGCGAGUGGCAAACAUAUCGACAACUGUACUCGCCGACCACUCACCAGACUGGCACAAUAAAUCCUUCAAUUCCAUCAUGUGAUCAACCGGAAGGAUGACACCCUAAGCCACUCUCCUUCCGCCGACACAGAAACCAUCUGGGCAUUCUAGAAAACGCUGUGGCUCAAGGCAUGGCGGAGGGGAAUAGAUUUUUGUUAGUUUCGUUUCAUCAGCACGAUUCAGAUUCGAUUUCAACCUUCUUCGCUACUCGAAGCUCCUUGGUAUCCCUCGAAAAACAAACCAUCCACACCCUUGCAGCCGCACGGAUAUACAUAUAUAAUGAAACUUUCUCAUGGAUAGCAAUCGAGAUGCAUCGUUUUUUCAGUCUAUCGAUUCGCCAGAACUACAGUCGAAUGCAGGAUCAGUGCAAGCGAGACUUUUGCUCGUCUGUGUGCCAAAUGGCAAUGGACCUUGCCCAGUCCAGGUGCCAGAGGUAGGUGAAGUAAUUUAACACAAAAGUCUGCAUCGAGCGGAAAUGCAGGAACACCGUAGCAAUUUCUCAUUCUCGUCCAAGUGUGAAAAUGCAACAACAACAGUCAUAUGUAUGAGGGGAGUGUGUGUAUGUGUGUGAGUAGUUCGAUGUGGGAGAUUCAUGGGCAUGUCAAACUCACAUCCGACGAAAACAACUAAUAGAAAUAACUAUUAAUCGAUAUAAAAAAGCACGACACUCGCUCGUGAGCAAUCAUCGCGCUGGGGGCGCGAAUAUGCAAAGACAAAAAUAAAUAAAGAAUGCAAGAGUGGAAAUAAAUCAACAAAAGCUCCCACGCAACGUAAACCACCGUGCACCGGUGGUAAGCGCUGAUGUAAGUUAACGCCUCGUACGCAUGUUUCUAUGUAGCCGUAACGUAGUGGUUAGUGUCGACUUUUUUAGCGACCGGUUUUACUCCACCUUUGCUGCUUCUCCAACGAACGAACGAACGAGCGCCUGUACAUAUCGGUCCGUUAGGAAAUAAAAACAAAACAUUAUAACCCACAGCUCAAAGCAUGUAAAUUAAGCAUAGCAAAAGCAAACAAACAAAUGAACAAACAAGUGAAACGACAACGACGUAGCGCUCGGUUUUGUUUUUUUUUUUUUUUAUUAUUACGUUCCACUCUUAACUCAAAAUAGCGUUCGAACGGAAAAUGCAGCUGAGACCAAUUGAAAGUGCACAAAAACAAGCAGAGGGACAGCUCAUGUAGUUUAUAUUGUGGUUUGCGAAUCGUCCUUCUUCCGCCGGAUAGCGGCUGCCAUUGAAAGCACCAUGUUUUCAAAGUAAAACAAAACCAAACGCAACCGUAAACCAAAGCAAAGUGAAAGACAAAAAAUUGAGAUUAGUGUUUAGGCGUGGCAAACGGAGCGAUUAUCUGCCUUUAUCGUUCGCUGUGUGGCGCAUACGAAGCUUCCAGAAACGAACCGGGAGACCAGAUACCGCUUGUCACAUACUGUGUAAAUGCUAAGUAAAUUAGUUAAGACAAACAAAAGAAAAACGCUCCUUUCUGCGCACCGUGGACCGAGCCGGGUGUGACUGUUUGGAAGCAAAUUAGUGCAAUAAGUAGUGUAAUGUAGCAGUUUCAAGUUAUCGAUGCAAUCGAUCGUUCAGAGAGUGAGAGGGAGAGAGAAAUCGAUGUGGCGAAGGAGAUAAUAUCGGAGAAAGAGUGCAUAACGCAGUGCACUGAAAACUAAACCAUACUCGCUCAUCACAUAAAAGAUAUACUAUUCUACACAAACUCAUGCGCGAGAUACACUCCCACGCACGAGCGCUUGGUUGAACAUUUCAAGCGUAGUACAAAUUAUUCAAUAACAAAUACUCGAAUAAUGCAACUUAAGUUUUAAAUCAAUUCUAAGCAUAGUUCAUGCGCUUGUGUCUGGGUAUGUAUUGGUGCGUGUUUGUGCGUAGGUAGAUUAACGAUCCACCACAACUAUGGUGUCAUCUUUCUUCGAAUAAUCGUACUCACAAACGAUCUACGAUCGAGUUUGUGAGAUGGUGGAAUGUAAAUAUCGUUGUUACACUUUCGGUUGAUGAUGCUCGAUUACCGUGGAGAGUGGGUGCGCGUCAGCAUCUGAAGCGUGUUCACUAUUGCUUAUGUUUCAACUCGCUUUGAUAGUUUAACAAACUGUUACAAUUUAGAAUGUGUUUAAAGACUGUCCUAUUGGAAUUUAUAGCAACUACGGAAUGGUGGGAAAAAGUACUCAAUAACAAAACUCCGUUAAACGAGCCGUCUAAGAAAUGAAUGAUUUGCGCACUUUUUCGAAAAUACGAAAUGCAACAUGCGAUUAAGGCGAUCGAUAAAACAAGCGUUAGUUUUAAAUUGUGUCAUGCGAUUCUUUCUUACUCCAGAUUUUUGCAAAAUAAUUCAACCUGUUUUGAAGAUUGAUAUGGUUAUAUAUUUCAUACAUGCUGCAUAUCUUUAUUUCAAAUUUAAGCAUCACAACUUUAAACAUCACAAUGCUCUUGAAUAGAACAAAUGCUAUGAGAAAAGUACCCAACUUUGCAACCAAUCGACCGCCGAUCCUUGACAUAUCCCUUCUCCUUCGAGUCGGAUCACGUCAUCCUCACACACAAAUCUGCGCCCUAUUUACGGUCAAUCAGUUAUCUGAACUGAAGGGUAUGAGCCCUUUACCUUAUCGCGGCAAACCUAUCAGACCGGAACAAGUUUUUUUUAUCAAUAAAUGUAGGCCCAUGCCAAAACUGGUUGAUAACUUUUUGCUUUCCAAAAAAAUGCUGUGGAACAGACAUGCAGAAAUUUGCCUUUCUGGCUGACCCGUGAGAUGAUUUCGCGAUCAGCGAGAUCGGUCGGUUGCGGUUGUAUUAUAUGGUCAAAUUAAUUUGUCAUCCUGUGGGCACCGUUUUACCGGUGUCACAUCGAAUGAACAACAACAAAGUGUAACAAAAAAGUGUGCUAGUACAAGAUACUCUUCCUCUCGUUAAUCUGACCCUUUUGGCAGAAUGGUGGUUGAGAAAAAAGUUUCUUGUUUUGAGUGUUCCUUCGGGUCCAGCAGUAUUUCGGCCAUGAGCGAAGAGAGAAAAUCCUAAUAGAAUGAAGGUUAAAAAAAACUUAACACCCAUACCAGCCCCCGCCAUUAAUUUGGCGACUGGGCUACGACACGCUGUUUUCUUCCCUAGAAUGAGUUUUGGCUUUUUCCGGAGGCUUCUGGCACCGAUUAUUUUUCAACGAAACGAAAAAACAACGCUCUCAGAUAUUUCAUUAUGAUUACCCCAAGCGUCCCUAGGACGCAAUGGACGCUGGGUCGCCUUGCCAUUCAGGUAAGGACAGUCUUUUCGGUGCACAGAAAGAGUACAAGUCAGGGCCGGACAAACAGAACAAAUCCCGUGGCUUCUUUCGACGGCGUGAAGUUGGAACCAUUCCCAACGAAAGGAAAGGGCAGCAACGACAACAUCCUAGGGGCGAACAAAAACACACAAACUUUCGGGCAGGGAUUUUAAUUUCAGAACGCAUUAAUCACCUGUCAACGUCCAAUGUCCGGUGUCCGGUUCCCUGCUAGAAGUCAGUUACUUUUGAAUGGACAACUGGCUGUUUUUUUUUCGUCUCUUCGCGGUUCAUCUCACUUACUCGAACGUUGUCGCCGUUUUUCGGUGGUAUGCUUUGAACGGUUGUCGUCCGUUGCGGUAGAUAACAAACUUACAAAAAAAGAACGACAUCUUACGAAAAGAACGUGCCCGAAGAGUUUAGAAUUGUAGAUAUAUAAAAAAGAAUCAGCCAGCCUUUGUCACUGUUACUGCGUGUAAAAGUUCUUGCUGUUUGAUAAUGGAGCACACACACACAGACAAAAUGAAACGAAAUCUGGACUUUUUUGUAGAUUCUACGCCAGUAAAGUUUUUACUGUCAAUAGUCCGGGGCGGACAACGUUUCAAAUUUAUUCUCUAUCCAAUGGGUUGGGGUUUACUCCUCGGUGAGGAUGGUACAUUUUUUCUCACACGUUUUCCUUAAGACGGCUACCAACCGUAGCUGUUACUAUCAGUCACGUAAAACACAUUACUUCAAUGCGCUGUUUUCCUUUCGCCGGCAAUGGAAGCAAACUUUUUUCAAUAGUAUUUUUUCGCUGCACAAAAAACCGGUCAACUGUAUCUCUGCUGGAGUAAUCGUUGCACAAAAAGAUAUAUAUUACGGUUUCCAGAUGCUUUUCUUCACGCUCAUUACAAUCUGUCGAAUGAAAGGUACA